GUACUGCCCUUCUAUAUUAAGACGCACCUGAUGCAGUUCCCAGGAUUUACCGGCCUUUUCCUCGCUGCAGUUGUAAGCGCCGGAGCCAGCACAAUAUCCUCCUCAAUCAACUCCAUGAUAGCUUUGCUGCAUGUGGACGUGCUUCCUUAUUUCUUCAAGAGUGCCGGUUCUGACGUCCCAUUUAGAACACAGGGACUAGCGUUCCUUCUUGGUGCCGUCAUGACAAUUUACAGUUGCAUUUGUGUUUACGUGGGAUCCGUCACCAGGGCUAUGAUCCUCGUAUACUCUGCAGCGGCUGGCCCAUGUAUUGGUUUGCUGCUUCUGGCGAUUGGACUCCCAUUUGUGCAUUCCAAGGGUGCCGGAAUUUCAACUCUCCUCUUCUUCGCCAUUCAGCUGUACCUCCUGUGGCAAAGAAUAGAGAAGAUAAUAUUGCCACAACGUAUGCCAGUGACGCUUCAGUACUGCCCACGGAACACCACCGACGUACACAAGAGAUUAAAUGAUACGCACACUUGGAGCCCACACAGAUCAGUUAAUCAUGACGCACCAUAUCUCAUUUCACCCUUUUGGAGCUCUUUAUUUUCCACUGCAGGGACGCUCCUCUUGGGAAUACUGAUUAGUAUUGCCACAGGCGAGUACAAGCAACUUCCGGCCGACUUCAGGUAUCUGAACCCUUCUCUGGCGAAGAUGUGGCUGAAGCUUCAUGUUAUACGGGGCAGUGAGGCAGAAGAGGCACAGCCAGAGAAUCAGCAAGAAACAACGAAUGCCGCCCUUGUUUCUAAUGAAGAGAAAAUGAGGUGUGCUUCCACGAAUGUAUAAAUAAAA